AUGUUCUUGGCGAAUCCCAUUGAGCAGCUACCUAUCCUCCUGCCCGGAUUGGACAUCCAUGUUUACGACUUAUUCGACUCGGUCCCCUGCAAUGGCACGUGCGGCAUGACCCAGUUUGUGGAGUGUGUUCCACACGACCAGACCAACUGCAGAAUCGAUGAAACAUUCAACAUCGGCAACAAUAACGUCGGCCUGAAUAACUGGGGCAACAGCAACCAAGGAUCGUACAACAUAGGCAGCAACAACAUGGGGAACUCUAACAGGGGCAGCAACAACACCGGCACGGGGCUUUUCUGCAACAAUCUCCAGCAGGGUCAGGGCUCCUGCACUUUGGACAUGCUGAGGACUGCUGAGACCGUGUACAUGUAG